AUCAUCACAGAUUUACGGCCAUUUCUCUCUUUUUUGUUUUUCUAGUUUUCGCAUCGUCUCUGUCAAGCCAUUCCAGCCAUGGCCAACCAAUUUCUUGCCCAAGAGUUAUAGCAAAGAGGAAGCCUCAAAUCAAAUCAGCCCCUUUGGCAUCAAUUCGGCAAUAUCCAAAAACAAAUUGCCGAAAUUAUUAAUGAAGAACCUUCAUGCCGCGACAACCGGAUCCACAUCGUCUUCAACGAUUCCAUCAAUUUGGGUCCAGUUUUGAAGGAGACAGCCGCUGCACUCCUACGCCUCCACUACCCUCAGCCGAGCAAGCAUCUAUUACCCUUUCAAGUCAAGCCAGAUUGGAGUGAGUGGUCAACACGCAUCGUUGCAUGGCCAAUAGUAACUAAAGGUGAAUGGCCGGCAUGGGUAAAAAGGUUGGAACCUCACUUUGCAGACAUAUGGAAAGCAACUGGAAUUUUUGAAUUUAUUCAUAUGACCACAACUCAAGUGUCGGUAAACAAAGCCAUUUUAACAGUAGCUAUGUGUUUUUGGUCAUGCUCCUAUAACUGCUUUCACUUCCCUUGUGGUGCUAUGUCCAUCUCUCUAUUUGAUAUUUGUUCUUUAACCGGUCUUCCCUGCAUUGGAGAAGAGGUUUCUGCCCUGUUGCCAGCUGUUCCUGUUGAAGAAUAUGACCCCGGUGACACCAGAACAACUUUCUUGAGUUUCCAAAGGAACUCAAUUCUCGCCACCAAGAAGUUCAUUCCUCUUGCUGUCGAUUUGGCACAUGGUAAAAAAUUUGCUCUUGCUCAAUUUAUGCUCGGCUAUAUAUAUCGUGGAUGCUAUGAUGUCACCAUCUUUCCAUUCGGGAAAUUCAGUGGUGCUCUUUGGGUCCUACAAUUGUGGCUUUAUUCUUACUUCCCAACUGUCGCCCCUGAAUUUGAGAAAGUUGAUGAGGAAGAUUUGCUAACUUACGGCAUGUGCGUCCAAGAUGUAAAGAAGCUGCCGCAAAGUUUCAAGACAUAUUUUAACUAUUUCGCAUCCCUCUCAAUUGACCGCUCAAAUGCAGAAUUUGCAGUAUUUCUUGAAAGGAAGUAUGGCCCAAAAUGGUAUAAAGCACAUAGAAACAGUGAGGAAUUCAAAGCUUGCUGGAAAGCUUACAUUUCUCCAAGAGAUUUAUUCAUAGGCUACAGCAUUGGGGGGCCGCAAUCAAGGUGUAGCUCAGAGCUAUACGCUCCUACUCAAUUCUGUCGGCAACUUGGAUAUUGCCAGGACAUCCCUGCUCCACCUCAGUUUACCGGGAAUGUUUGCUUCCCUUUGAGGUUUCUCUUUCCUGACAUCGAAUCAAUACAAGAGCAGGUUCAACUUACCAGCACUUUCCUCAACUCAAUCGACCUUCAGCUACCUCCACUUAGCCAUUCCGACUGCACUAAAGCUUAUAAAGACUGGUGGACGUCACACUUCACAUCACGCUUUUGUGCUGUAAUGAAUUCCUUGGACCAGUUUGCUCCCCCAGAAAAUAACAGAAAGGAAGACAAAAGCAAAGCCGAAAAUCCUCCACCCCUUGGCAAAGUCAAGAAUUCCUCAAAUGAGAAACCAAAGACGCAACCUGCUAAGAGGAAAACGUCUUCUCCACAGAUUUCUGAUAAAGAGGAUGCACCAAAUAAAAUUGCAAAAGAAUCAAAUGAGGAAGCUGACUUCUCAAGAGAAGAAUUGCAGCCGGUCACCACCUCACCGCCAAGGCCUAUUGCUCCUGCAAAGGCUACUUCACUCAUGAUUGAGAUAGAUGAUGAUGUCCUUGAGAGUGAGGUUUUUGCUCAAUUGGACCUCUUGGAUGACUUCUUGGAAAUAGAAAGGUCCAUGCCUCCUCGCUCAAAAGAUAAGAUCAUGGAAGAAGAAAAGAACAAUCCGGAUAUCCCUUCUCAAGAAUCCAUCGAUGCUGCCACCCACCUGCUUCUUGAGCUAUUGAAUGGUAAUCCAUCUGAACUUUGCCAAAUCGUUGAUCAAAAUGAGGCAUUCAAUGCUGCUGAGGUCUUGAGCAAGGCUCCCACACUGGAUGCAUCAGUGCGUAUGUUCUGGAGCAAUUUCCCUACUGUUUACAAGAACUUUAGCCAACAGUUUAUGAAUGAGAAGAAAGUUGUGUCAGAAGCAACCGCGGCUGCAGAUCUUGCCCGGCAAUGUAAAGAUGCAGUGGAGAAGAAAAAGAGUAUUUAUGAAAAGGUGAAAAAUAGCAUUAGCACCCAAAUGAAGCUGCAUCAAGAUAACCUAGAUGAGAUUGCCAAACUAGAAGCCCGCCUUGCCGAGUUGAAAAAGGCAACAACAAAGGAAGAAGACAACCUCAAAUCCCUUAGAGCCGAGAGAAGCAAAUUACUAGUUGAGCUCAAGGAAGAAGGCCGUGAAGCUUUGGCUGCAAAGAGUGAGGCUGCACAACAGGAGGAGAAAGCAAAGGAAGCCAACAACACACUGCAACAAAUGAGAGAUGAGUGGGCCACCUGGAUGCAAAACCUUUGUUAGGUUUUUUUUUUUUAAAACAUCAUUCCUCCUUGUCACGGCCAUUAAGCCGCUUGAACAUUUGUUUC